UGGUCAUAAGGAUCCCCAGAUCGAAAAAGACAUGACUCUCCAAAUCGUGCUAAUCUCUGGUUGUUCCAGCGGCAUUGGACUCGCUACCGCUGUGCUUCUCGCUAAAGAUGCCGAGAAACGCUUUAAGGUUUACGCCACCAUGCGAAAUCUGGCGAAGAAAGGACAACUGGAGGAAGAAGGGAAGGAACAACUUGGAGACACUUUGAUUAUCAAACAGAUGGACGUGUGCAGUGGUGAAUCAGUCGCGAAGGUUGUUAAAGAGGUGCUCGACGCUGAAGGGAAAAUUGAUGUGUUGUGUAAGUGAUUCCCGACAUUGAUAGUUAUGUCCUUUUAACAAUUUAAAAGUUCCUUUUCAGUACUGUAUCGAAUUGCAUCGACCUCGCUAUAGUUUAACGAAUUUUUACGAAGUCUCAUGCAGGCGCGAUAACGCGACAGGACUCUUAAUACGAAAGGGCUGGUAGCUCUUUUGGAAAGCCCUGACUCUAACUUUUGAAAGAGGUCAAAAUUAAGUAAUCGAAAGAUGUUCUCUGGUUGACUGCUUUCUCUGCUCCUCUUGAAUAUUGCUGACCCGGGCUGAUUUAAUUCGCAAUAGACAAAGUGGAUUUUAUAUUGCCCGCAAUUUAAAACAAUCAUAGAAGUUGCUUUGACUUCGCUUAAAAGAGACUAUAAUGUUUGAGCUGCAAAAUUGUGACCUUUCUUUUUAAGUUUUUAUGAAUGUGAAACUCAACAAUAAGGAUUUCUGACUUUGUCAGAUUGAGCUAGGACAAACAAUAUAAGCAUGACCAAGCAAUAUGCAAAGUAGGGGUUACGAAACCACGGCUAUUACGGCAAAUGAAAUAAUUAAAAAAAAUAAAAGGUGGCAAGCGGGAGAAAAAAGGGAAUCGGCGACAGAACAAUUACGCAUUUCAAUUCAAAUUCAAAGUAGACAGACUGCAAAUUAAAGUAGUUGCUAAAAAAUAUAUCUACGUGUCCAAACUGUUCAUCAGUAGGAUGCCUAAAAUGCGUGCAAUUCCAUAAUUGCUUUCGGCUCCAUUAAAUCCUAUACCAAUUGCAGAACAUUUUAGGAGGAGCCACCCACCGUGUGAGCACAGUCGCGGACAACACAUGUAAGUGACGAAAAUAACGCAAAGCAAAACUAAGACGUUAUUAAACGAACUAAAUGUACACGCAACUUAAAUAGAUAAAUAAAUAAUGCACGCGCCCAAAAUUAAAUGCGUGUCAUGCGUGUCAGUGCUUAACAUUUUGCAAUGAAUCGAAGAAAGGGCCAUAAAAAAGAGAGGCAAGAAAAAAAAAGGAGGGUGGAAACUGUUGAAACGCUUGCUACGUGUUCCUUCCCUUUCCUUUCAAUGUUGACGUCGAAGACGUUUAUGCCCAAGCAAACGCGUGAAACCAACGUUAAAGAAAGCCGGAGGGUAGCAAUACGUGCAUUCAUGAAACGACCAAGUUUUAAUAUGUUGUGUUUUCCGGAAGUGUUUCAACAAAUUAUGACCUGGAUUGCGUUCCCGGUCAAAACUGAAACGAUUGCAAAGUUUUCCAUCCCUUCUCUUUCAAUGUUGACGUCGAAGACGUUUAUGCCCAAGCAAACGCGUGAAACCAACAUUGAGGGAGGGGAGGGUAGGCAAGCAACACGUGUAUUCAUGAACCGACUAACGGGACUAAGUUUAAGUUGUGUUUUCCGGAAACUUCAAUAAAUUAUGACCAGGAUUGAAGGUGCGGGAGGCGAGAUUUGGAUCGCCAUCAAUCCCCCUCCACUCUUCUCCCCUGUUAUAAUGAACCAGGUGGGCCUGGUAACAAAACUAACAGUAAUUAGUAAAAUCGAACUAGGGGUCUAUUAUCAAUGCUGCGAUCUGAUUGGUUGAGCUACUACUAGGCUAUAAGUUAUAGCCCACUAGUAACGAAAAGCGCCGGCUUUUUGGCGGCAAAAAAGGAUCAAAGUCUAGCUUUAACUAGCUAAGAUUGUUUUGUCUCGAUACAUGCUCGAUAUUAUUGACCAAUUAGUUGGAUUCUUCGGCCUCAUGGGCCAUAUUGACUCAGAACCAAUUCGCGCUCAAGGAAUAACUGUUAAAUAUACGUUGAUGCUCAACAGUCAACAACGCUGGAGUAGCAUUGUUAACCAUAAUGGAGUGUGUCCCAGUGGACAUGGCCAAGGAAUUGUUUGAAGUGAACGUCUUUGGUACCUUGCGACUGAUCCAAGCUGUGCUGCCAGGCAUGAAAGAGAGAAGGAGCGGGUGUAUAAUUAACAACAGCAGCCAUAUUGGAAUUGUUGGAUCACCUUUCAAUGAGCUUUACGCAUCUUCAAAGUUUGCAGUGGAGGGCCUUACUGAAGCAAUGGCUCCAACCUUGCUUCAUUUUAAUAUCAGGUAA